AUGGACGAUUGGGACUUCCUCCGGGCUGCCCGGGAUGGGGAUGUAGAGAAAGUCCGGAGGGGGCUGGAGGCAGGAGUGGACGUCAAUACAAAGGAUUCGUUCGGAGAUACAUUUCUGCAUGAAGCGUGUAGAAGAGGUCAUGACAAGGUUGUGGAGCUACUCAUCAAGAACGGAGCUGAUAUCAAUGUGACUAACAGGUUAGGAGAAACAGGUCUGCAUUGGGCGUGUAGAGGAGGUCAUGACAAGGUUGUGGAGCUGCUCAUCAAGAACGGGGCUGACGUCAAUGUGACUGACAAGUACGGAAGCACAGGUCUGCAUAAAGCGUGUGGAGGAGGUAAUGGCAAGGUUGUUGAGCUGCUCAUCAAGAACGGAGUUGAUCUCAACGUGACUAACAAGAACGGAGACACAGGUCUGCAUUUAGCGUGUUACAAUGGACAUGACAAGGUUUUGGAGCUGCUCAUCAAGAACGGAGCUGACAUCAAUGUGACUAAUGCGUACGGAAACACAGGUCUGCAUAAAGCGUGUUUGGGAGGUCAUGACAAGUUUGUGGAGCUGCUCAUCGAGAACGGAGCUGAUCUCAAUGUGCCUAACGAGCACGGAGACACAGGUCUGCAUGAAGCGUGUAGAGGAGGUCAUGACAAGUUUGUGGAGGUGCUCAUCAAGAACGGAGCUGAUCUCAAUGUGACUAACAAGAAUGGACACACAGGUCUGCAUUAUGCGUGUGAAGGAGGUCAUGACAAGGUUGUGGAGCUGCUCAUCAAGAACGGAGCUGAUCUCAAUGUGACUGACAAGGACGGAGACACAGGUCUGCAUGAAGCGUGUCGAUGGGGUCGUUACAAGGUUGUGGAGCUGCUCAUCAAGAACAGAGCUGAUCUCAAUGUGGCUAACAAGGAGGGAAACACAGGUCUGCAUUACGCAUGUGAAGGAGGUCAUGCCAAGGUUGUGAAGCUGCUCACCAAGAACAGAGCUAAUCUUAAUGUGGCUAACAAGAACAACAAGCGCCCGGUUGACGUUGGUUGGGGAGUGGGCAGAGAUACACAGUUAUUGCUGGAGACCGAAACACGGAAGCAGGCGGAGUACAGCGAGCUGGUCUCCUCCGUGGGGUCUGAGGAGGGGACAACAGUCAAACUGUUUCUCUGUGGAGACGGGCAGACAGGCUUCAUCGUGGAGAGUCUCUGGAACAUGAGGAGGCAGUUCAGAAGACGAUACGUCUUUAACCCCACCCCGGGGGUGCAUGUAACCAGUAAAACCGUGCGGGGAAUCGGCAGACUCAGUCUGCAUGACUUCGCAGGACAAGCGCAGUUCUACGUCACACACGCCAUGCUGCUCCGCACCACUAACGCCAUCUUCCCUGUCGUCUACAAAAUCACGGAUAGGGAGGACGAACAGAAACGGCAGGUCCACGGUUGGCUGACAUUCAUCCACUGCAGUAACGCAGAUCCCACUUGCAAACCCCGGAUUGUCCUGAUCGCCAGCCAUGCGGAUAAGCUACAUGACAAAGCUGCAGGUUGGCGCAGGGCAACAGCUCUAGUGGAACACUACAGAAAACUAUUCCAGGAGUCACUAAUUGUGUCACAGGUGGUGUUUCUCAUCAACUGCCUGGAAGCGGGGUCUCGCGAGAUAAAGCGGGUGCGAGAGGUGCUGGAAACAUUCAGGGAUGACAUAUUGAAGCAAAGACCACAGGUUCCUAAGGUCUGUGUUCGCUUGUCAGAGAUCAUUGAAGUUUGGAAGAAGGAGAGGAAGACGUUCCCGGUGAUGGGAUGGCAGGAAUAUCUGGAAGCUGUCAGGAAAGCAUUAUCCUGGGAUUUCCAUCAGGAACGUAUAACACAGCUGGCGUCAUCGUACCUACAUGAUGAAGGGGAGAUAAUCUACCUUCGCCCCGAAAUUGAUUCGUCGGUAGUGCUGGACCCCCAGUGGUUGUUCACAUCCGUUUUCGGAUCCCUGCUCGCGCCGGAAAACUUCCCUAUCGACAAGGUCGCGAGGACUGCCGAAGACUACGUCACCAUUGAAGAGCUCACUCGUGUCUUCAGUGCCGUUGCCGACAUCCCUCUGCUGAUCAAACUCCUCCAGGACUUCCAGCUCUGCCACACGUACGACGAUCGCACCUUCAUCCUCCCCAGCCUGCUGCAGCAGGAGAUGGAAGAGGCGGCGUGGUCUCCUGUGUCCAGCAAGGCUGUCUACUUCGGUCUGCAGAUCCGAGGCCGUACGGAGAUCGACAGCUUCUCGUGCGACCUGUUCCCGCGGCUGCAGACGCUGCUGAUGCAAUCACACCCGGACAAGCUCAGCCGGCCUCUCCUGUGGAAGAACAGCGCCAAAUGUACCGACGGGAAGGCCGAAUCGCUACUGCAGAUCACCCAUGACAAGAGGCAGCUCAACGUCUUCGUCAGGAGCAACGAUGGCAGCAGGGAGGACUGCAACUCCAUCAUGGACCUCCUGAAGGACAUGACGUACCGCCUGCUGCACGAGACCAGCCCCGGAGCCAGGUCACGGGACAUGGUGCUCAGCGCCCUGGACAUCCGGGAACACAGACCGCAGCCUCACGCCUACAGCAGCGAAGAGGUGGAGGCGGCGGCAGCAAAGGGCGAGAACCUCGUCCAUCCUAAGAGGAACGUCCCGGAGAAGGUCAAGAAUCUGCUGCUGCAUCUCGGUAAUCUGAGAGGCAUGCUGGGACGGGUAGCCCGGAAGAGGCCGGAGCUGGUGGAGACCUUACGUCACAUCAACCCCAUCCUGGACCACCUCCGUGCUGAUGACGUCAUCAACUUGGACGAUAACGAUCGCAUCCGGGCUGCCAGGACUCCCCAGGAUGCAGCGCGCGAGCUGUUGGACAUUCUGGAGGCCAAAGGUGAAAGGGCAUGUGUCAAGUUCCACUCAGUCCUUAAAACAUGUGAUAAGUUUGCUGCAAGCCUCAUAGUGGAGGAAGAAAUGUCUGAGGAGGGCCUACAGCAAGUUAGAUCGGGAUUCAAUAACAGAACCUUUGAUAUUUUGUUAUCAGACAUUCGUUAG